CGAGGCUAAACACCAGCACGUGAGAAGAUCGGAGCUUCCCUAUUGGGAUGACCUCCGUGGGGCACCCCACUAGUUCUGCCCGAAGGACGCUGUUCGCCGCCUCCGGGGCUGCAUUUUUGUUGGCCGCGGGCCCUUUAAUGCGUGCGAGAGGGCGGAGCCAGGGCUUAAGCUCUAGCUACUGGGGCCGGGGCCCGGCCGUGGUGUGUAGCUAGGAUAGGGCCUCGGAGCGGGGCCUGGCGGCUGGAACUGUCCCCCCCCCCCCGCCCGGGGACAGCAAAGAACUGAUGGAGUCAGCCAGGGGAAUGGGGCCCGCCGGGGCCGGUGGGGCCCGGGCCUCGAAGAGGGCAAAAGAGGGAUCGAGAACCCGCAGUCGCCGGCGGUGGCGAAAAGGCAAGGCUAAAGCCUCAAGGCUCUUGCACAGCAUGGACCUGCGCACAAUGACACAGUCGCUGGUGACUCUGGCAGAGGACAACAUGGCCUUCUUCUCCAGCCAGGGCCCUGGGGAGACAGCACGGCGGCUGUCGGACGUCUUUGCAGGUGUGCGGGAGCAGGCGCUGGGGCUAGAGCCAGCCCUGGGCCGCCUGCUGGGCAUGGCGCACCUCUUUGACCUGGACGCAGAGACGCCAGCCAAUGGGUACCGCAGCCUAGUGCACACAGCCCGCUGCUGCCUGGCGCACCUACUGCACAAAUCCCGCUAUGUGGCCUCCAACCGCCGCAGCAUCUUCUUCCGCACCAGCCACAACCUGGCUGAACUGGAGGCCUACCUGGCUGCCCUCACCCAGCUCCGUGCUCUGGCCUACUACGCUCAGCGCCUGCUGGCCACCAAUCAGCCCGGGGGGCUCUUCUUCGAAGGCGACGAGGGGCUCACUGCUGACUUUCUGCGCGAGUAUGUCACACUGCAUAAGGGCUGCUUCUAUGGCCGCUGCCUGGGCUUCCAGUUCACACCCGCCAUCCGGCCGUUCCUGCAGACCAUCUCCAUCGGGCUAGUGUCCUUUGGGGAGCAUUACAAACGCAAUGAAACAGGCCUCGGUGUGACUGCCAGCUCCCUCUUUACCAGCGGCCGCUUUGCCAUCGACCCAGAGCUGCGAGGGGCCGAGUUUGAGCGGAUCAUACAGAACCUGGACGUGCACUUCUGGAAAGCCUUCUGGAAUAUCACAGAGAUUGAGGUGCUAUCGUCUCUGGCCAACAUGGCAUCAGCCACCGUGAGGGUAAGCCGCCUGCUCAGCCUACCGCCCGAGGCCUUUGAGAUGCCGCUAACUGCUGACCCAACACUCACGGUCACCAUCUCACCCCCACUGGCCCACACGGGCCCCGGGCCCAUCUUCGUCAGGCUCAUCUCCUAUGAUCUGCGUGAAGGACAGGAUAGUGAGGAACUCAGCAGCCUGGUGAAGUCUGAGGGCCAGCGGAGCCUGGAGCUGCGGCCACGGCCCCAGCAAGCACCCCGCUCGCGCUUCCUGAUAGUGCACUUCCACGGCGGCGGCUUCGUGGCCCAGACCUCUAAAUCCCACGAGCCCUACCUCAAGAGCUGGGCCCACGAGCUGGGUGCCCCCAUCCUCUCCAUCGACUACUCAUUGGCCCCCGAGGCCCCUUUCCCCCGCGCGCUGGAGGAGUGCUUCUUCGCCUACUGCUGGGCCAUCAAGCACUGUGCCCUCCUUGGCUCAACAGGGGAGCGGAUAUGCCUUGCAGGGGACAGUGCAGGUGGGAACCUCUGCUUCACCGUGUCCCUUCGGGCAGCAGCCUAUGGGGUACGGGUGCCAGAUGGCAUAAUGGCAGCCUACCCAGCCACAAUGCUACAGUCUGCUGCCUCUCCCUCCCGCCUGCUGAGCCUCGUGGACCCCUUGCUGCCCCUCAGCGUGCUCUCAAAGUGUGUCAGCGCCUAUGCCGGUGCGGAGACAGAGGACCACUCUGAUUCAGAUGAGAAGGCGCUGGGCGUGAUGGGGCUGGUACGGCGGGACACAGCCCUGCUCCUCCGAGACCUCCGCCUGGGCGCCUCCUCAUGGCUCAACUCCUUCCUGGAGCUGAGUGGGCGUAAAUCCCAAAAGACAGAGCUCAUAGCAGAGGAAGAAACUGAGGCUCGCAGAGAGCCAAUGCGCCGCAGCGUGUCUGAAGCAGCACUGGCCCAGCCCGAGGGCCUACUGGGCACAGACUCCCUCAAGAGCCUGACACUGAAGGACUUGAACCUAAGGAGCAGCUCCGAGAAGUCAGGCAUCCCCGAGAUGUCACUGUCCACUGAGACACCUGGCCCUUCCACACCCUCGGACGUCAACUUCUUAUUGCGGCCCGGGGAUGUCCCCGAAGAGGCUGAGACCAAAGAUGAGCUAAGCACCAAGGACAGAGGCCCUGGCGUCGGUGCUGCCUUCCCUGAGGGUUUCCACCCACGACGCUCGAGCCAGGGUGCUACACGGAUGCCCCUCUACUCAUCGCCCAUCGCCAAGAACCCCUUUAUGUCACCGCUGCUGGCGCCUGACAACAUGCUGAAGAGCCUGCCACCCGUGCACAUUGUGGCGUGCGCGCUGGACCCCAUGCUGGACGACUCGGUCAUGUUCGCGCGGCGACUGCGUGGUCUGGGCCAGCCGGUGACACUGCGCGUGGUGGAGGACCUGCCGCACGGCUUCCUGACGCUGGCGGCGCUGUGCCGUGAGACGCGGCAGGCCGCGGAGCUGUGCGUGGAGCGCAUCCGCCUGGUCCUCACUCCGCCCGCCGCCCCCGCGCCCGCGCCACCGCUCUGAGACUCCGGCCGGGGCCGGGCCGCGCAGGGAGAUGGGGGCUGCGGGGGGCGACACUAAAGGCCUCUUGUUCCCAUCUGCGCCGCCUCCGUGGUGAAUGAGCUUUGGGACGGG